AUGAGCGACCAUGAGCAUUCAGAAAAUCGAAAUGUGAAACGAUCACGACGACGAUCAUCUACUUCACCUCGAAGAAGUCGAUCACAAUCUUCACCACGACGUUCUCGAUCACGAUCACCUCGUCGAGUACGACGUAGUCCAAUGAGUUCAUUUAGUAAUCAUCGACAAGGAAAUGAUGGUCAACGAACAGGUCCAAAACCAAGUCCCAUCCUUGGAGUUUUCGGUUUAUCAAGAACAACAACUGAACGUGUUUUAAGAGAUCUUUUUAAUAAAUAUGCACGAGUUAAAGAUGUGCAAAUUGUAAUUGAUAGAAAAACGCAAAAAUCUCGUGGUUUUGGUUUUAUUUAUUUUGAUGAUGUUCAAAAUGCAACACGUGCAAAAGAAGCUCUUAGUGAUCUGGAACUUGAUGGUCGUCGUGUACGUAUUGAUUAUUCAACGACAAAGGGAGCACAUGACCCAACUCCUGGAAUUUAUAUGGGUGAUCGUAAUGUUGGACUUAAUCGAUCAAGUACAAUUAUUCGUCGACCACAAGGUUAUCGUAAGAAACGAUCACGUUCUCGUAGUCGAUCACGUUCUCAUAGUCGAUCCCGAACACGACAUCGUAUGAAUUUUGAAAAUUAA